GACCGGCUGGCACGUCGCCGCCCCCUCGGCGCCACCCCCUCGGACUGUGUCGUCUGCCGCGGAACAUGUGAUUGUGGCGACUGGACCACGUGUGUGUGUGUGUGUCGUGUUGUCAGCGCGGCGUCGGUGCUGCCGGAGUGCCAGUGCAGUGACAAGUGCAUCGACAGCUCAGUGCCUCAGUGAUUUUUAUUAUUUACUCGAUACCGUUUUCUAAACAGUGUGUUUUUAAGUGUGUUUUUAAAUGAAAGUGGUGUGAACCAGCUCCAACAUGAGUGCGGAUUACACGAGGAAUGUGUCGAGCAGUUCGUCGAACAACAUGCACCACGUGAGCAGCAGCUCCAACAAGGGGGGACGGCCGGUGUCCAUCCUCCCCAACAUGUCCAUCCAGAAUAUGUCCAACUGGUCGCUCAUGAACAUGAACAUGGCUAACAUGGCCAACAUGACCAACAUGAGCAACAUGUCAUACCCCAUGAUGCGGCCCAGCGUCAUGGUGAAGCAGCGCAAGACCAACUUCACGCAGAGGGAGGUGGACGCGCUCAUCAACUCUGUCCGCCAGCACCAGGACACUGUGCUGUUCGGCGUGGCCGGCGGCCCGGGCUGGGCCAAGGCCUGGACCCAGGUCGCCGCCGCCGUGUCCGGCGUCGAAGGCAUCGUCCGCAGCGAGGGCGACGUGCGCAAGAAGUGGACGUACCUCAAGUGGGAGGCCAAGAACACCAGCAAGCCCGACAGGGACUCGACGUCGCGUGCCGUGCUGCAGAUCCUCACGAGCCGCCAGAACCAGAUCGACGCCGCCAACCACCACGCCGCGGCCACCCUCAGGGGCGACAUGCGCAUCAACGACGCCCGCGACUCCCUCCGCGACGCCGUGCAGUCGUCGCGCAGCCUCCUGGAGGAACUAUUAGUGCCACCUCAACCGGGGGUGAUAGCUCCGGAUGGCAGUCCCCAGCCCCAGCCGUCGGCGUCGGUGGGGCGCCCCCCCGCGCAGCCCAAGCAGGUGGACGUGAAGCGGGAGCCCAUGGCCGCGGCGUCUCCCCGGGAACGGCCGUCGCCGAGCAGCCACCCGCAGCCCGCCAUGCCCCAGUCCGCCGGCCACCCCGCGUCCAUGUCGACGCCCCCCGGACACCCGGCGGGGCUCCCGGCCGGCCACCCCGCGAGCAGCGUCCACGCCCAACAGUUGCCCCCGCCCCGACGCUCGGCGCCGGCGCCCAUGCGGCCCCCGUCGCCCGUGCUGCCGCCCCAGGCCGCGGCGCCGCCGCCCGAGGUGUGCCUUCGCUGGAACAGCUACCACUCCAACAUGCAGGCCACCUUCCCGUCCCUCCUCAACAACGAGCAGUUCGUGGACGUGACGCUGGCGUGCGAGGGCCACAGCAUCAAGUGUCACAAGGUGAUGCUUUCUGCGUGCAGUUCAUAUUUCGAAGAGCUUCUAAGUCAGAACCCCUGCCAACACCCUAUUGUCCUAAUGAAGGACCUUCGCUUCUGGGAGGUUCAAGCGUUAGUCGACUUCAUGUACAGGGGUGAAGUGAAUGUUACCCAAGACAAGCUUCCUUCCCUAUUGGCUGCUGCUGAAGCACUCCAAAUUAAAGGUUUGGCUGGCCCAGCAACAAAUUCACACGAUGGAGAUUCACAGAGAGGGUUUGAGGAGAGACGAAGGAAACGACAACGGACCAUGCCAGAUCAGGCUGAAUUACCUCGGAAUCCUGUAGGCCGUCCCAGAAUCCAUCCGAAACCUCCACAACAACGUCAGUCUGGACCUGCUGCUCCUGCACAAUCUAGCAUGCCACCUCGUAUCAAUGUCAGGCCUGAGCAGCUCUUACAGCGACCGAUACAGAUGGAUGAAGGACCACCAGCCCAACGUAUGAAACACUCACCACCUGCCAGCCCCCCUGUCAAAAUGGAACCUUUGGAAACGGACCUAAGCAAUGACUCUUUGGACAAGUUACGGUAUGAUGCAGAAUCAGGAGGCAGUGGCGAUGGCAGCAACCAUGGUGACGCUCUUGUGGACCUCAGUCAAGCUCGCUACAGUAUAAACAACGGCCUUCAACCUGACCGGAAUCGAGACCGAGACCACUCCGACAACGAACACGAUGAGGAUCGGGACCGGCACUUGGACGACGAGGAGGAUCGAGACGUGGAAGGACACCGAGGCCAGGAAAACGAACGGAACCAGCUGAGAGACCACCACGACAUCGACCAAGACAACGAUCAGGAAGAAGACCACGACAUGGACCACGACAUGAACCAGGACAUGAACCAGGAACGCGACGACCAAGGGCUCACGAUGGGCGGUGGCAGUGAGGACGACCAGGACAGCCACUCUUCAGAUGAAGACCAGUAUGACAACGAGCCACCUCAGGACUCCAGACAACAAAGUGACUUAUUGCCAGACCACCUGCUGGGACGGUUGUAGCCGCUUUGAAUUAAUUGGCUGUAGUUUAUGCAAGUUAUUUUGCCAGUGAGAAAACAAACAGGGCAAUGUGUUGUAUACCAUUUCAUGUUUAUGGCCUGAUUACCUCAGGCUCUUAAUUUCCUCCUCUUUGACUGCUCUGGGAACCAAGUCCGGCCUUUGCCGUGGCACGUUGUUUUAGUGUAGUGUAUGAAGUGUUGAGCCAGUUUUAGUUAGAGCAAACUGUCAUAUUCCACUUAAGAAUUGUUAAUUUCCUGAACUUUUUAACUUAUUUGUUCUGUUGAACCAGCCAACCAUGCAGGUUGUGCGUUGUACUUGUCUGUGUGUAAUGUAGUCAGAUGUUUACCAUAGCACCUUCGUGUUAGAUUUUGGUAUGAAUCAAAUGAAUGUUCUUAGUAUAACAUACCAACAAACUGCAGGGUGUGUUUGGAUUGUUUGUAUGUAAAAUGUAUACAAUUCCCAAAUGUAUCAUAUUCCACUAAGUUAGAAUAAGUUAAUGCAGUAUAAAUGUUAUAUUUUCCUUUCCAAAAUGCCAUUGUUUAUGGGAUCCAUAGAUUAUUCUGGAUCAGCACUGCCAAAGAGCAGCUGAUGGAUUGACAACCUUUGGGUUGUUUUUUUUCUGCUGCACCUUUUGUCCCAACUGAGAACUAUCAUCCUUUAGUUCAUAGUGAUUUUAUUUCAUGUUUUUAUUUUAUAUAUUUUUGUGUGAAAUGGUAAUUUAUUUUUCGCAAUACAAUGUAUUAUUAUUGGAACAUGUUGCUAGAGUGAAUGUUGUGUGCUUCUGAAAAAGGAAAGUGAAAGUGUACCUUGCUGACAACUGUUAAAAUGUAUACUUACAUAAGUGUUUCUAGCAGUAUGAUACCGGGUAUUAGUUUUCUGGCGCUCAGUAUCAACACUAUAUUUGUCGUUGUCGUUGCUUCCAGUAUACUCAGGAUAGUGAUUGUUUUCGCUGUGUGUUUGCAGCAUAUUUGAAUGUACAGUUCAUUGCAUCACUAAGUAUUUUUUCUUUUGUAAUUGACAUUGUUAUGUAAUUUUUAUUUUACGUUUUGAUAAGUCUGAAUGUCCCAACGUAAGUGGUGUCAUGACAUGUGCGAAACUUGUUAUCUGAUGUUUAACUUUGAGUAUAAAAUCCUCACUUGCAAAUAUUUUUAAUACUAAAAUUGUUGUGAAAAAUGCUGUCUAAGAGAAGUGGAGAGAACUUCUGGGCAAGCUUGCCGUGCCUCAAUCAAUGGGACAACAUCCUCCUCUGCUUUGCACAGGACAGCCGUAGAGGUUUAUAGCUCUAGAUUGGUUCAAGAAUAACUUUGACUUCUUGAUCUGUGCUUUAGUAUUAUUUCAUUACAUUACCAAUCAAGAUUUUGUGUACAUAUUGUGCAUGAGGGACAUGUUGAAUAAAAUCUUGUAUUUGUAAAACCUCA